GGUCGGGGAUUACAAAGGGGAAUCUUUAGUUGAGGAUCUGAAUCUCUAUGAAAGAUGUGUUGCCGCGUAAUCUUCAUGAUGAUAUAGAUUGUGUGGGGAUUGAUGAUUACGCCUUGCGGCUAGGGAGACUCGAGAAGAGGCAUGUCUUGAGAGUCCAUCGCAAACGCUAAGGUACAAGAUGAACAUCCAAAACACAAUUCAGUAUCCCUACAGACAUACGGGCAUGUAUAUAUGUCUACAUGUUUCUGGUGUCUAUUUGAUCAGCGUCACUCUCUUCUCUUUACCUGUUCCCAUCUUCCCUACGUGUUCUCCGCCCACUCAAUCCUUCUGUAAAGUUUCUUGUAUCUUCCUCACAACGGUUUAUGCCCCCCUACUCGCUGGUCUUGCAGCCAGUCGUCUCGUCUCCGGAGCCGCUAUUCAUAACCGCGCCAGCCGCCAAGUGACCACCUCUUACGGUAUACUCCAAGGUGGUAUUUCCGAACUCAACAGCAAUGUCAAUGUCUACAAGGGCAUUCCAUUUGCUACCCCUCCAACUGAUGAAUUGCGGUGGACUGCACCUACCUCGCCUGCCCCCUGGUCCGGCGUCCUGAACGCAACAACCUUUGGUGCUGACUGCCCUCAAGGUGCUAGCGAUGUGGGGCUUUUUACGUCUGGCAAUACUAAUAUUGCGGAAGAUUGUUUGUAUCUGAACGUCUGGGCGCCCGCCAACGCAACACCUACCUCGAAGCUCCCAGUCUAUGUGUGGAUUUACGGAGGAAGAUUUGAGCUUGGGUCUGGAAGUGUGCCAACCUAUGAUGGUACCCACCUCGCAUCUAAGGAUAUUGUGGUUGUGACUUUAAAUUACCGUAUGGGACCAUUUGGAUUCCUUGCUCAUCCUGAUCUGUCUGCCGAGUCGGGAAAUAACGCCUCUGGUAACUACGGUCUCUUGGAUCAGAUCCAAGCUUUAACAUUCCUUCGUUCGGAAAUCGCAGCUUUUGGUGGUGAUCCAGAUCACAUGACUGUUGGUGGUCAAUCUGCUGGAUCCGCUAGUGCUUUGGACAUGAUGUACAGCCCAUUGACCGAUGGAAUGAUUGUUGGAUGUAUCCCCGAAAGUGGCGCCCGAGGUGUUCAUGACCCCGAGACAUACACUCUGGCUACCAGUCACCGGGACAAGGACGUAGCAGAAGCAGCUGGUGUAGACUUCUUAUCGACCUUAAACGUUACCACAAUAGCUGAGUUGCGCAACAUCAGUAUGGAAACUCUUCUAGAAUACAACUUGAUCUCUGAUACCGUUCUCGUUGGUACCGCUUUCGAGAACGUGAGUUCUUUCAUGGAGCCCCCUGCUUGGCGCCCUGUUAUCGAUGGCUAUGUCCUUCCCCACAACUACGGUCAAUCAUUGUCCUUGAAUGCUCACUCUGAUAUCCCUAUCUUGACCGGAAACAAUGCCGAUGAAACCGGCUCAGGCCUCGCUUUGGACGACUUUACCACCCAAUUCACCGAGAUGUUCGGGAAUCUUUCUACCCGGUUUUUCGACUUGUACCCCGCCACCAACGACUCCAACGCCGUCACAUUGACCAAAGAAAUGUACCGCGAUUUGAGCCGCACGUCAACUUGGGACUGGGCCACGGCGUGGUAUGCAGGCGGAGCCAAGAGCAACGUCUACGUCUAUUAUUUUACUCAUUCCCCACCUAACCAAACCGAGGGUGUCUAUCACGGUGCUGAACUAUGGUAUGCUUUCGGUAACAUCCCCACCUACUACAACUUCACCUGGACCAAACAAGACUAUGCUCUCCAAGAUCAAAUGUCCGGAUACUGGGCGAACUUCAUCAAGACUGGCAACCCUAACGGAGGAAGUCUUGCCGAGUUCCCUGCAACUACCUCCGAUGUGAAACAAGCCAUGUGGUUGGGAGACACAACCGGAUCGUCCUACCUCACUCCCAGCGAUGAUAAAUUCAGUUUCAUGCAGGACUUCUUCGCCCAACAAAUCGAAUUCUAGGCUCUCGGAGACCUGCUCUGUGUUUAAACGUCUUUUGUGUCAAUCAUUACUUUUUUUUAAUAUGCUAGAUGAGUACUAAGGUACUACAUUGUCACCAUGUAUUCAAAAUUUUCUUUCUCCUGCACGAGUAGCUUGUAUCAACAACACUUGGUUCGACUGCAGCCAAAAUUAUCUCAUUUUAGGAUAGGAUCUAUAGACUUUUAUUUGGAUUUUAUAUUACUUUCUCUUUGCUCUUGGGGAUAGUUUGGUGUAAAUUGCAGCCAAUAUAGUUACUUAAAAUGCAUAGAAAAGAUGUUUAUACUAUCUGAAACUUCGUCACAAAGUA